AUGCCAGCGCUUUCGGCUCAGGCAGCGGUCAACAGCAGCAGCACUUCAAUGGCUCCCACCUUCCUGCUGGUGGGCCUGCCUGGCCUGGAGGCUACACCAUCGUGGUGGGCGAUUCCUCUCGUCGCCAUCUACCUUUGCUCUGCCCUCGGCAACGGUACAAUCCUCUGGAUAAUCGCCCUGGAGCCCACCCUCCACCGCCCAAUGUACUUCUUUCUCUUCCUGCUAAGCGUGUCCGACAUGGGCUUGGCCACAGCGCUGAUGCCCAGCCUGCUGGGCCUGGCCUUUGCCAACGCUCACGCCGUCCCUGCCUCGGCCUGUCUCCUCCAGAUGUUCUUUGUCCACGUCUUCUCCGUCAUGGAGUCCUCCGUCUUGCUCGCCAUGGCCUUCGAUCGGGCCCUGGCCAUCUGCAGCCCUCUCCGCUACCCAGCGCUCCUCACCCACGGAGUCACCUGCAAGAUCGGCCUGGCCAUCGCUUUUCGAAGCCUGGGUCUCCACCUGCCCCUGCCCUUCCUCCUGGCCCACAUGUCCUACUGCCGCCCCCAGGUCCUGACCCACUCGUACUGCCUGCACCCAGAUAUGGCUCGCCUCGCCUGCCCGGGCGCACCGAGCGCCGUCUACAGCCUCGGCGUGGUUCUGUCGGCCAUGGCAGUAGACCCUCUGCUCAUUUUCUUCUCCUACGGCCUGAUUGUCCGGGUGUUGCAGGGUGUGGGCUCCGGUGAGGACCGCUGGAAGGCUGCUCAGACCUGCGCUGCCCACCUCUCCGCCGUCCUUCUCUUCUACACGCCCAUGGUUCUGCUGGCGCUCCUCAACCGGUUCAAGCUGCCCAUCCCUCGGCCUGCGCGCACCCUCCUCUCCUACGUCCACUUUCUGCUCCCUCCGCUGCUGAACCCGGUUCUCUACAGCGUCAAGAUGAGGGAGGUGAGGGGAAAGAUACUAAAGAGGGCGCUGCCCAGGAAAGUGGGCUGCGCUCAGUGA